GUGGCGAGCGGCGCGCGCGGCCAUGGAGCGGAGCGGGCGGCGCCGCCGCCGCCUCUGAGGGGACGGGGCCACAGCGGGACAGCGGCGGACGGGACAGCGGCACAGCGGCACAGCGCCCGCCCGGCCCGCGCCCCCAGAAUGGACUGCUGAAUUGGGAUUUAUUGCAGACUCAACAGUACAGCACUGCUCGUUGCUUCAUCUAUUACUAGUUAUUUAAAUUGGACUUUUAAUAUCCUGCCAGCUGCUGUCCACACACACAUGGUGCAUUGUUGCCAUUCUCAGAAUUGCAUCUUUGAAACCCAGACCCUCAGUAACCUUCAUCGAAGAAAGAGGCGACCUCCUGUGUACUUUUAUAGAGGGAUUUUUUGGACCUGCUGCCCUCUAGCUUUCUUGCUGGUGCUGUAUUUCUGAGACACUAUGGAGCCCAGUAUGGAGUACUGCUUGGCGCAGGUGCUGCAGAAGGAUGUUGGAAAGAGACUUCAGGUUGGCCAGGAAUUGAUCGAUUACUUCUCAGAUAAACAGAAGUCAGCUGACCUUGAACACGAUCAGACUAUGCUGGAUAAAAUGGUUGAUGGACUUGCCACUUCUUGGGUAAAUUCCAGCAAUUAUAAGGUGGUUCUCCUGGGGAUUGACAUCAUUUCCGCACUCGUGUCCCGCUUGCAAGAUCGCUUCAAGGCGCAGAUUGGCACAGUGCUGCCAAGUUUACUUGAUAGACUGGGAGAUUCUAAAGACUCUGUGAGGGAGCAGGAUCAGACCUUGCUGCUGAAAAUCAUGGAACAAGCUGCUAACCCUCAGUACGUGUGGGACAGGAUGCUCGGAGGAUUCAAACACAAGAAUUUUCGGACAAGAGAAGGGAUUUGCCUCUGCCUUAUUGCAACACUCAAUGCAUCUGGAGCUCAGAGUUUAACACUGAGUAAGAUAGUGCCACAUAUAUGUAACUUACUUGGAGAUCCAAACAGCCAGGUUCGAGAUGCAGCAAUAAACAGCCUCGUGGAAAUUUACAGACAUGUUGGUGAGCGUGUAAGGGCUGAUCUCAGUAAAAAAGGAUUACCACAAUCUCGGUUGAAUGUAAUUUUUACAAAAUUCGAUGAGGUCCAAAAAUCUGGAAACAUGAUCCAGAGUUCAAGUGAUAAAAUUUUUGAUGAUGAAGACUCCGUGGAUGGGAACAGACCUUCCUCAGCCAGCUCCUCUACAUCUUCCAAGGCUCCUGCAAACUCGCGCAGAGUUGGGAUGGGGACUACCCGCAGACUUGGGUCUGCACCUCUGGGCUCCAAGUCUUCUACAGCCAAAGAGGGAGCAGGUGCUGUGGAUGAAGAAGACUUCAUUAAGGCAUUUGAAGAUGUCCCAACGGUUCAGAUUUAUUCCAGCCGGGAUCUUGAGGAAUCCAUAAACAAAAUCCGAGAGAUACUAUCUGAUGAUAAGCACGACUGGGAACAGAGAGUUUCUGCGUUGAAAAAGAUCCGCUCCUUACUUUUGGCUGGAGCUGCAGAAUAUGAUAACUUCUUCCAACACUUAAGGCUUUUGGAUGGAGCAUUUAAAUUAUCUGCUAAAGAUCUGCGCUCUCAAGUAGUACGAGAGGCUUGUAUCACGUUGGGACAUUUGUCAUCAGUUCUGGGAAACAAGUUUGACCAUGGGGCAGAAGCCAUCAUGCCAACAAUUUUUAAUCUAAUUCCGAAUAGUGCCAAAGUCAUGGCCACUUCUGGUGUUGUAGCAGUUAGAUUAAUCAUUCGACAUACGCACAUCCCUCGGUUAAUACCCAUCAUAACCAGUAAUUGUACCUCCAAGUCUGUUGCAGUUAGAAGGCGCUGUUACGAAUUUUUAGACUUGCUGUUGCAGGAGUGGCAAACACACUCCCUAGAAAGACACAUAUCAGUGUUAGCUGAAACAAUAAAGAAGGGAAUUCAUGAUGCAGACUCUGAAGCCAGGAUAGAGGCAAGAAAGUGUUACUGGGGUUUCCACAGUCACUUCAGCCGAGAGGCAGAGCAUUUGUACCACACCUUGGAGUCUUCCUACCAGAAGGCCCUGCAGUCACAUUUGAAGAACUCUGACAGCAUCGUGUCCUUGCCACAGUCGGAUCGCUCCUCCUCCAGCUCCCAGGAGAGUCUCAACCGUCCAUUGUCUGCCAAAAGAAGUCCUACUGGAAGUACUACAUCUAGAGCAUCUACAGUAAGUACAAAAUCUGUGUCAACACCAGGAUCUCUGCAGCGAUCCCGCAGUGACGUCGAUGUGAAUGCAGCAGCUAGUGCCAAGUCAAAAGUGACGUCUUCUGGAUCAUCCACCCCCUUCAGUUCUGCUGCAGCCUUGCCCCCAGGGUCAUACGCAUCACUAGGUCGGAUCCGUACGAGGAGACAGAGCUCUGGCAGUGCCACAAGUGUCACCUCAACGCCUGCCGAUACUCGAGGCCGCAGCCGGGCUAAAGUAGUUUCCCAGUCCCAGCGAUCCAGAUCAGCUAAUCCUGCUGGUGCUGGCAGCCGGUCCAGUUCUCCGGGUAAGCUCUUAGGAAGCUCCUAUGGUGGCCUGAGCGGUGGAACAUCCAGAGUCCAGCCAGUGCCAUCAUCUUCAGAGAAGCGCAGCAAGAUCCCUCGGAGCCAGGGAUGCAGUCGAGAGACAAGUCCCAACAGAAUAGGACUAGCACGGAGCAGUCGUAUCCCCCGACCCAGCAUGAGUCAGGGGUGCAGUCGUGAUACCAGCCGUGAGAGCAGUCGAGAUACAAGCCCUGCUCGGGGCUUUCCUCCACUUGCUUCUCGACGUCAUUCCAGGUCCACUAGUGCUCUCUCCACUGCUGAUUCUGUUGGGCAGUCAGACCGGUUUGGACUCGGACAGCCAGGCAGGAUGCCUGCUUCUGUGAAUGCCAUGCGAGUCCUGAGCACCAGCACAGAUCUGGAGGCUGCUGUGGCCGAUGCACUGAAAAAGCCAGUGAGAAGAAGAUAUGAACCCUAUGGGAUGUACUCCGAUGACGAUGCCAACAGCGACGCAUCAAGCGCUUGCUCGGAGCGCUCCUAUGGCUCCAGGAAUGGGGGCAUUCCACACUACCUGCGGCAGACGGAAGAUGUGGCUGAGGUCCUCAACCACUGUGCCAGCUCCAACUGGUCUGAAAGGAAGGAAGGGCUCAUAGGUCUUCAGAAUUUACUGAAAAGCCAGCGGACACUGAGCCGAGUCGAGUUAAAAAGGCUAUGUGAAAUAUUUACUCGCAUGUUUGCUGACCCUCACAGCAAGAGAGUCUUCAGCAUGUUUCUGGAAACCCUGGUUGAUUUCAUCAUCAUUCAUAAAGAUGACUUGCAGGACUGGCUUUUUGUUCUCCUGACCCAGUUGCUAAAGAAAAUGGGAGCAGAUUUGUUGGGGUCUGUGCAGGCAAAAGUUCAGAAAGCUCUGGAUGUCACCAGGGAUUCUUUUCCAUUUGAUCAGCAAUUUAACAUUUUGAUGAGGUUUAUUGUAGAUCAGACCCAAACACCAAAUCUGAAGGUGAAAGUUGCUAUCCUGAAAUAUAUUGAGUCCUUGGCAAGACAGAUGGAUCCAACAGACUUUGGAAACUCCAGUGAGACAAGGCUUGCUGUAUCUAGAAUUAUAACUUGGACAACAGAACCAAAGAGCUCGGAUGUGAGAAAGGCAGCACAAAUAGUCCUGAUUUCUCUCUUUGAAUUGAACACUCCUGAGUUUACCAUGUUACUUGGUGCCUUGCCAAAAACAUUCCAGGAUGGUGCUACCAAGCUCCUGCACAACCACCUCAAGAACUCCAGUAACACCAGUGUGGGUUCCCCCAGCAAUACCCUUGGUCGGACUCCUUCCCGGCACUCCAGCAGCAGAACCAGCCCCUUAACUUCACCUACCAACUGUUCCCAUGGUGGACUGUCUCCAAGUCGGCUCUGGGGUUGGAGUGCAGAUGGGCUGUCGAAGCACCCCCCUCCCCUUUCUCAGCCUAACUCCAUCCCCACUGCUCCUUCCCACAAGACUUUCAGACGCUCUUACUCUCCCAGUAUGCUGGAUUAUGACACGGAGAACCUAAAUUCUGAUGAAAUCUACAGCUCUCUUCGUGGAGUCACAGAAGCGAUUGAAAAGUUUAGUUUCCGUAGUCAAGAGGACCUGAAUGAGCCAAUCAAACGCGAUGGAAAGAAAGAUUGCGACAUUGUGUCUCGAGAUGGUGGCCUUGCUCUCCCUACCGGAGAUGUCCGUGGAGGCAGUGACAUUGUGGAAGGUGGAAGGAUGGCUCUGGAUAACAAAACCUCCCUGCUGAACACGCAGCCUCCCCGCGCCUUUUCAGGGCCACGUGCUCGGGAAUAUAACCCCUAUCCUUAUGCUGACACAAUUAACACGUACGACAAGACUGCCCUGAAGGAAGCAGUGUUUGAUGAUGACAUGGACCAGCUUCGGGAUGGACCCAUUGACCAUUCGGAUUUGGUGGCUGAUCUUCUGAAAGAGCUUUCCAACCACAAUGAGCGGGUGGAGGAGCGGAAAGGAGCUCUCCUGGAGUUGCUAAAGAUCACAAGGGAGGAUAAUCUCGGAGUUUGGGAAGAGCAUUUCAAAACCAUUCUGCUCCUGCUGCUGGAAACGCUUGGAGACAAAGAUCAUUCAAUAAGAGCCCUGGCACUGCGAGUCCUGAGAGAGAUCCUACGGAACCAGCCAGCAAGGUUUAAGAACUAUGCGGAGUUGACUAUCAUGAAAACGCUGGAAGCACAUAAGGAUUCCCACAAGGAGGUCGUCAGAGCUGCCGAAGAAGCUGCUUCCACGCUGGCGAGUUCCAUCCACCCCGAGCAGUGCAUCAAGGUGCUUUGCCCUAUCAUUCAGACUGCAGAUUAUCCAAUUAACUUGGCUGCCAUCAAAAUGCAGACAAAAGUCAUCGAGAGGAUUUCCAAGGAAUCAUUGCAUCAGCUCCUACCUGAUAUCAUUCCUGGGCUGUUACAGGGCUAUGAUAACACGGAGAGCAGUGUCCGUAAAGCCAGCGUGUUUUGCCUGGUGGCAAUUUAUUCAGUAAUUGGAGAAGAACUGAAACCUCAUCUCGCACAGCUCACAGGAAGCAAGAUGAAGCUACUAAACUUGUAUAUAAAGAGGGCCCAGACCACCAACAGCAACAGCAGUUCCUCUUCAGAUGUUUCAACGCACAGUUAAUGGAGAUAUGUGGACAUAUGUGUAGACUUAGAAGCAAUCAACGGUGCCUCUCAGAGACCUUUCUGCUACUCUUCACUGGCGCGCUCCAUCAGCUUAAGGAGGCCAUGCAGAUAUUUAUUGCAAUCAGUAUUUUAGUCCCUUAAAAGCUUUUAUGUAGAAUCUUACUGGUAUUGAAUGUAAAGGAAGCAAGGUCUGUGUUGCAGUCUUCAUUAAAAGUGAACAACAGGAAGCCAUACUUAAACAUAUUGGUAUAGCCUGCUGAGAUCUCAGAAAUAUGUUUAGGUUAGCGUUCCAACACUGAGUCCAAGAACCCGGACACGUGUAAAAGUCAAAACAAAUCUUGUUGGUUUAGUUUAUCCCCUGUUUUGGUUUCUGUGUGCUGGUUACCUGCUCUCUCCCCGCAGCCAUUCUGGCUAGGUUCUCCUCUUCUUACAAGUCUUGUGUUCCUGUUUUGUACUCCCUGUUGCAGCUUGCCUGACUUGCAGGGCUCUCCAUGGGGAGAUCUUUGCAGAUGUGGCUGUGAUUCCAGCCUCAGAUGCUUUAAUACUAAGAGAUACCAAGUGAGUAAUGAAAAAGUAGGUUCUUUAUAAACACCUGAGUUUUUGUACAUAGUUCUGGCAGACCCUGGAUGGGCUGAUUUCUCUGUAACUGCUCUCCAGCCAGCUGUGCUGUGCAUAACAGCUGGGAUCUUGCUCCUUUCACUGACUGUGUAAAUAUUUCUCCCCUCUCAACCCAUUUGGCUCUUUUUCAUAUGCUUGAAAGACUCUCCAGGUUACUUCUUACUCCCCAAAGGGAACCUGAGACCCAAUUCUGGGACUGAUGUCUGCAAAUAGGAUGGUGGAGUUAGGUGGGUGGGGGUUGGGUUAGGCUCUGUGUGUGUUCAUGGGUGGACAGUGAGAGCUGGCAGAGCUGUACCUCAGUGCCAGAUGUUUUUUUUGAAGUCUGUAGCAUCAAAGGGCUGAUCUGCUGCUCUGACUGACCCACUGGUGCUGGGUGAUGAGUGGCUUUAUCCCCACAACUCCUAUGUGCUUUGGGCAAAAUGUUCAUCCCAGAGGACAGAAAGGGUGUCCAAAUCUGAGCAGAAAUACCACAUUGGAAGCACCUCUGAACCAGCUGGGACAGUACUGGUUGCCUGCCACAGCCCCUCCUGUGCCUGAAGACCCUGCAGUGCUGUUAACUGCCUUUAGAAACCUCCUCCUUCCUGGCCAUCCCCACGCACAGGCCUGCUGGGUGCUCUGCAUUUCGGAGCAGUGCAGAGGGCCCUUGCUGGCACUGCUGUCAGCAGGGUGCUGGGGGGGAGGGUGCAGCAGGGCAAAUCCUUCUGUAGCCUGAUGACAGAGACCAGGUCAGAGGCAAACCAGCAGCAGUCAAAUAACACUCAGCACCACCUCUUCCCAAAUGAAGACCCUUCUGUUUGCAAAGGGGGAGCUGCCCCUGGCUCUGCCUGUAACCAGGGAAAGCAGGAUGUUGCUGAUUAGUGCUGUGUUUGGCCCUGGGCUGGAUCCUGGCUGAUGGGCCUGCCCACCCCAAACCUGCAGUAGAUCACAACUGGGGUUUUGUCCCCAGUGCCAGUGACGCAAGAGGAUGGUGGCCAUGCAGCUCAUGGCUGCAGCUGUGGUGAUGGAUGUUCCCUGGCUGCUCUCAGUGCCUUGGAGUUUUUCCAGCUUCCUCUAUUUCCACUUUGGGGAGCUGAAGGGACACCUUGGGAACAUACUGAGAACGUGGGACUUUCCAUUACUGCAGCAGGGAAGGGUAAAGCCCCUUCCAUCAGUUCAUCCCUCUGUGUCUCCCUGAGGAGCUAUGCUGGGAGCUGAUGCUUGGUGCCAGCUCCUCUCCCAGUCCUCAUCUCAGGAGGGAUUGGGCUGGUGGGGACUGUGAUAUUGGGCUGCAGAGCUUGUUGGUCCUUUUCCUGCUCGCAUGAGAGCAGAGAAGGUGACCACCUCCUGAUUUAUACGUGUCCAGGCUUUUUCUGGCUGCAGGGCUAGUUCCCUCAUCUUUCCCAACAAAUAAUACCAUGGCAGGAGAAACUGUGUGCAGUCCUGGUGUGUGGGAUUCUGCAGGCUCAGAGAAGCCAUCCUCACUAAAGGAAGGACUGACUGCUCCAUAGUUUGUGUCUCCCUUUCUGUGGACCAUUUCUUUGCAACAUCUUUCAAUAUGCUUGUCAGAAUGCUCUUUUUAAAAUUUUUUGAAUGAUUCAAAUUUUAUUUUAACACAAAUUUAUUUUUCCUUUUGAGGAAAUAUUCAGCUGACUUGUUGGCAGCAGUUAGCUGUCUUGUUUGAAUUUUUAGUAGCGGGUUAGGUUUUUUUGGGGUGUUUUGUUGGGUUUUUUUUUUUUUUUUUUAAUUUGUACUUCUAACUGCUUAGUAUUUAUGCCUUUCUUUCUCCCCAUCUCAGUUCAGCAUCUUCUGUUCCAGUUCUGGGGUUCAGAAGGUCAGCACAGUUGACCAGGUGUUGAUUAGUCCCUCCCAGCUGUGAUGGAGCUUGGUCCAUCACUGUUUGCUGUUUGUUGGUUUGGUUGUUGGUUUAUUUUUUUUUUUCUUUGAAUGGCACACUGUAGCAAAUCUCCAGGAAUUGAAUUCCUUUUCAAAUGAUUUUAUAUAUUUUAUAAAAUCCUGUUAGUAUGCACUGAGAGUGAACGCACUGUAACGUCCCUGACCUGACACCUCAGCGGGAGUCGGCAGCUCGUCCUUGCGAAGGCGCGUGACCUGCUGCGGGCAGCGACCGGCCUGCGCUCCCCCAUGGCAUUGGCACCCCUGGGGCUGCACGUGGUAGAAUCAGGCCUUACUUUCUGAAUCAAAUUCAGUUCUGUUUGUCAACAGAUGCUCAUUAAUGUGCUACUUGAUUUCGUUACGUGAGUCAGUCGAGGACUGUCCAUCCUUUGAGUACUCUAGAAGUGUGUUAUACCUGUAUACAGUAGGGAGCAUUCUGCUUUAGGUAUUUAUAAAUCAUUGCGUAUAAUGUACAUAGUAAGGUUGUUUAGUAUGUUGAACAUGACCCAAUUUUUAUUUUGUGUUUCCUUUGAAGUGCUCAAAGGGCUAGCUCUGAAUGUCACCUCUCUGAUCUCCAGUUUUGACUUCAACAAGCUGUACAAUCAUUUUGUUUUCUCUUCAGCAAGCAUAAAGGUCUCUCUGGCUACAGAUCACAGUGUCCACGCAUGCUUGCAGAGGAAGGUCUGCAUGCUGCAGUGUCUCACCGCACCGGUGAAGCUUGUGUUCACCUUCUCCUGGCAGUAGCCACCUACUGCAACUGCCUUUUUUUUUUUUUUUCCUUGCUGCCCAUUAUGCAGGGCUUCAAUUUUUCAUAACCUUCAAAAAAGAGAAAAAAAAAAGUUUAAAAAAAAAAAAAAAAAGAAGGAAAAAAGUGUAUUUUCUUUGCCCACCAUGCUUUAAAAAUCUGAAUGGGAGAAAACUCUCAGCAGACAGCAGCUCUUGGCUGCAAGGUUGCCGAAAUCUCAGAUGUGGAUGUUUUUUCUGCCAUUGGCUGCACCAGUGCUCCGUGGGCGUGGGCAAAUACAGGCUCCAUCUGCCCCACAGGUCUACGUACUGUAGUUCUCAUGUAGUUCAGAAAUAUCGAGGCAUGUGGCUUUCUUAAGGUACACUAUGUGUGCUUGCCUGGAUUACAAUACAAUACAAGACUGUCUUUUUAAUUGCUUAUUACUAGCUUACCAAUAACCUGUAUAAGUAAUGUAACUUGCAUCUUUGUCAUCAAAACCUUUUCUCCCCACCCCUUUAUUUAUCAAGCAUAAUAUUACAUAUUAAGGGACAGAAAAACUAGACCUUUGUAGUAUACAGCAGGACGUUGCUAACAAUGUUUUAAAUGGGAAGUAAAAAAACGCUCUGAAAAAUGCCAGCCAUGAGAAAUGACUUUGUUGGCACCGUGUUCAUGCGCAUGUAUUUUUUUCUAUUUUUUCCGCUUUUGUCAUGUUACAUCCAUAUCUGUAUUUAUAUCUUAUUUGUUUCACUUUUGAGUGUAUCAUGGCAAUUGUACAGAUGUUUUUUGUUAACAUUUACGUGAUAGAAUUUGCUAAAAAAAAAAAAAUUAAAAUAAAACCUUUUGAGUUUGCCCUAGAAUAA